AUGAUGACUGCUGGGCUUGACAACAGAGCAGGCUGUGGCAGCAAUGGUGUUUUACGAGUUCCAGGGCGUCCCCAGGGAGGGGCAGCUUGCGCAGGAACACGGAAGAAGUGUCAGCCAUCUUCCGGGUCAUCGAAAGACCACAUCAACGAUAGAUAUACUAGAAUUGCGUGCUCAGCGCAUCUCGUGCAGUAUUGGAGUUUUGACAUGAUUUUUGCUGUACGUCUACGUGCUAGGGAGAAACCAGCUGAACGCAACUGCUCUGGCUCAAGGACAUCUGUCAUGCUUUGUCCUUGUUUGGUCCCACAGCGCAUUGAUGAGCCACAUGCUGGGGUCGUUGAAGUUCCACCAGAUGCUGCAGUAGUACAGGUCUUGGCUGCAGACCCGGCUGUAUUAUCAGACGACCCCGCCUCGCCGGCAAGAGCCGCAUUGCCUCUGAACGUUGAAGUGGCGCUUCCGCUGACAGCAUCGCAGCCGUUGGGCCUCAUCUUUGAGAGCCCGGAUGACCAGGCCCUCUUCAUCACGGACAUUUCGGGAGCGGCCAAGAUACACAACGAGAACAGCCCUGCAAAAGUUCUCCAGCUGCGUGAUCGCGUCGUCAGCGUUGACGGCCAACAGGGGGACGCAGAAACUCUUCAAGGUGUAAUUGCUCAGCGGCUGGCAGACAAGGAUGCCAAAACGAUCAACAUCAGCGUCGUGAGACCUGGACUACGUGAGGUUGUUCUCACCGAGUUUGGCAAGCUUGGAGUGGAGUUGAAGUACAAGGACACGUCUGCUGGGACGAUUAUCUCGGCGAUCGAAGAAGAUGGUCUCCUGGCGAAAUGGAAUGCUCAACAUCCAGAGGCAGCGGUGGCACUGGGCGAUUACAUCAUCGCCGUUAAUGAAGUGACGUGCUCGCACGGCCCGGAGAUUCUGAAAGCUUUGGCUACAAAGGUCAAGUUGAGGAUGACCGUACUGUCCGUGCUGCACUACUCAAGCUGA